AUGGCUAAUCAUGUCAGAAGCAACACCAGGAUCUCCCUUGCCAUGGAGAGAACUGGCCAAUGGGUUUUUUCUCAAGAUAUUCCUACUGAUGUUGUGGUUGUAGUAUGUGAAGCCAGUUUCUCUCUUCAUAAGUUCAUGCUAGUGGCAAAGAGCAACUUCAUAAGAAAACUAAUCCUGGAAUCAAAAGUACCAGACCUGACGAGGAUCAAUCUGUCUGACAUACCUGGAGGACCUGAGAUCUUCGAAAAAGCAGCAAAAUUCUGCUAUGGUGUUAACUUCGAGAUCACAGUUCACAACAUAGCAGCCCUUCGUUGCGCUGCUGAGUAUCUUGAAAUGACUGACAUGUAUUGUGAUAACAAUCUUGCUGGUCGGACAGAAGAUUUCCUUGCUCAAGUAGCCCUAUCGACCCUUUCUGGAGCCAUUGUUGUAUUAAAAUCCUGUGAAGAUCUCCUUCCCUUGGCUGAAGACCUCAAAAUUGUCCAAAGAUGUAUCGAUGUCAUCAGCCUCAAGGUUUGUAAUGAGGCAAACUUUCCAAGCAAAACACCACCAAAUUGGUGGGCUGAGGAGCUAUCGAUUUUAGACAUUGAAUUCAUAGGCAGAAUCCUGUCUGGAAUGAAGAAACGCGGCACGAAAGCACUAACUUUAGCGAGUGCUUUAAUAACUUACACGGAAAGAAAUCUCCGAGAUCUUGUUCGAGAUCACUCCGGCAGCUGCACUAAGUCCUCCGAUCCUGAUGACCGUGAUAUGUUUGCCCGCCAACGCGAGCUUCUACAAUCUAUAGUCUCUCUGUUGCCCUCGGAGAAAGCCGCCUUUCCUAUCAACUUCCUCUGCUGCCUUCUCCGGACUGCUAUCUUCGUCAAGGCCUCACAUUCUUGCAAGAAUGAGCUCGAGACGCGAAUCUCUGUGAUAUUAGAGCACGUCACGGUUGAUGAUCUACUGAUCAUGUCUUUCACUUAUGAUGGCGAGAGACUUUUUGAUCUGGAUAGCGUCAGGACGAUCAUAUCAGGAUUCAUGGAGAAGGAGAAGACUAUGGCCGUCUUUAGUGGUGGUGAUUUUAAGGAAUCACAAUCUGCAGCUAUGCUAAAAGUUGCAAAAACUGUAGACUCUUAUCUUGGUGAGAUUGCAACCCAUCCAGAACUCACCAUUUCCAAAUUCAAUGGGAUCGCGAUUCUUGUGCCGAAAGGAGCCAGGAAGGUCGAUGAUGAUGUCUAUCGUGCCAUCGACAUCUAUCUAAAGGCUCAUCCGAAUCUCGAUGAGAUAGAACGAGAGAAGGUUUGCAGUGUUAUGGACCCAUUGAAACUCUCCUAUGAAGCUCGACUCCAUGCUUCCCAAAACAAAAGAUUACCAGUACAGAUUGUCCUGCACGCACUUUACUAUGAUCAGCUUAAACUAAGGAGCGGUGCAGAUGAUCAGCCUGAUGCUUCUGCAACAAGGAGCCAAUUGCAAUCUGAUGUUUCACUUAUAAGAGAGAAUGAGGCCUUGCGGUCAGAGCUUAUAAAGAUGAAGCUUUUCAUCUCGGACAUCCAGAAGAAUCAAGGGAGUUCAGCUAAUAAGGGUAUUGCUGCUGCUGCUGCUGCUCCUACCCAGUCCACUGGGUAUCGAAAACAUUCGUUCUUCUCGUCCAUGUCGAAAACUUUGGGGAAGCUGAAUCCUUUCAAGCAUGGAUCUAAGGAUACUUCUCACAUUGAUGAUAAUAUUUGCGCGGAUAUUACCAAGCCUAGGAGGAGAAGGUUCUCCGUUUCUUAG